AUGAAGACGGAGCAGAGUCUGGGAAGCUGGCAGCGAUUGGAUGAGGUCAUGGUCUUUCUCUUCCGCCUCCAUCUCUCUCUUUCCUUCCGCUCUCUCCCUUUCUCCACAUCCUCCGCCUCCGCCUCCAUAUAUACACCCACUUUCCGCUCACUAUCUAACAUGUCAAAAACAUACGCCACGGAAGAGCAAGUAGCCGUCGCAGCCGUGCGGCGCGCGUGUCACCUCACCUCGCGCGUCUUCAACACGCUCGUGAAGAACGAGACGCUCGUCAAGGGGGACAAAUCUCCCGUUACCGUCGGAGACUUCGCCGCCCAAGCCGUCAUCGCCUCCAUCCUUACGCACGCCUUCCCCGGCGACCCCAUCGUCGGCGAGGAGGACGCCUCCGACCUGCGCCUCCCCGAAGGAAAGGAGAUGAAAGACCGCAUUGUCUCCCUAGCAAAUGAGGCUCUCACCGAGGAGCUCGCGCUGGGGGACAACGUGAAUUGGGGGAUUGGGCCUGGGGCAAAGAAGACGGACGAGGAGUUAUUAGAUGCGAUUGAUCGGGGGCGGUAUGAGGGUGGGGGUGUGGGACGGAUGUGGACCAUCGACCCCAUCGACGGGACGAAGGGCUUCCUACGCGGAGAGCAGUACGCCGUGUGCCUAUCGCUUAUCGUCGAUUCGAUCGUCCAGCUCGGCGUCAUCGGGUGCCCCAACCUCCCCGUCGAUGCGGCACAUCCAGAAAAGGGCACCGGGUGCCUGUUCGUCGCUGUUCGCGGGCACGGUGCGCAACAACUAACUCUCUCCGGCGCCAACCCCGAGCCCCUGCACAUCCCCACCUCCGCCUCCUCCCCCGAGAACUUCGACUUCCUCGAAUCCGUCGAAGCUGCACACUCCUCUCACUCAUUCAACGAGCGCGUCUCCUCGCUGCUCGGCAUCACACGGCCCCCAACGCGGAUGGACAGCCAGGCGAAGUACGGGUGCCUCGCCAGGGGCGAGGGCGGCGCGUAUCUGCGUAUGCCGACGGUGGUAGGAUACCGGGAGAAGAUCUGGGACCACGCGCCCGGCCAGGUGCUCGUCGAAGAAGCCGGGGGGGUCGUCACUGACUCGAGAGGCGAGCCGCUUACAUUUGGGCAUGGGCGGACGUUAGGGGAGAACUAUGGGAUCGUAGCGGCUGGGAAGGAGGCGCAUGCGAAGGUGCUCGCGGCGGUGCAGGCGGUGAUUAAGGAGGAGAAGGAGAAGGCUAAAGCAUGA